AUGGCCUGGAGGCGGCUCGCCUCCCGCUCCCGUCGCUGCCCCACCAUCCCCGCCGCCCCGCGGCCCGCGGCGCCGCGUCCGCGUCCGCCGGCGGGACCCGCCGCGGCCACGCCGCCGCUGCGCCGCCUCCUCCUCCCCCUCUCCCCGCCCCGCUUCGCAGCCGCCGCAGCCUCCUCGCCCGCGCGGCUGCUCCACGCCGCUGCGGUGCGCGGGGGGAGCAGGUGGCUCGCGAGCGACGCCUCCGCCUCCGCGGCGAGGGAGCCCUCCGCCGAGCUGGUGGAGGUGCCCCUGGCGCAGACGGGGGAGGGGAUCGCCGAGUGCGAGCUGCUGCGCUGGUUCGUCAGCGAGGGCGACCACGUAGAUGAAUUCCAGCAGCUCUGUGAGGUACAGAGCGACAAAGCGACCAUAGAAAUUACAAGCCGUUUCAAGGGAACAGUACAUGAGAUUCAGUUUGCCCCCGGUGACAUAGUAAAGGUUGGCGAAACUUUACUUAAGAUGAUUGUCAACGGCAGUCAAGUUGUACCUCAUGAUAGCCUAGCUUCAUCCCCUGACAUUCCACUUGGAGUGGAUACUUCUGCAAGUCCUUUAAGUGAAGGCAAUGCUCCUCGUGGGUCUCUCUCCACGCCAGCCGUCAGGCAUCUAGUGAAGCAGUAUGGGCUCAACAUCGAUGAUAUUAAGGGUACAGGAAGAGAUGGUAGAGUGUUGAAAGAGGAUGUUCUGAAUUACGCUGCUAGCAAGGGUCUUCUCCAGGAGCCGCCGUCAGCUUUGGAAGAGAAUGUUGGUCAAGUUGAGUUACCGGAGGGAGGAAAAUCACUACUUGAUUCACAUUUUUAUGAAGAUAAGAGAAUUCCUCUCAGGGGAUACCAGAGAGCAAUGGUGAAAUCAAUGAGCCUGGCUGCAAAAGUACCACAUUUUCAUUAUCUGGAGGAAAUAAACUGUGAUGCUCUUGUACAACUUAAGGCAUCAUUUCAGAAGGAGAAUAAAGAUCAUGAUGUGAAGCACACCUUCCUUCCAUUCCUCAUAAAAUCUCUUUCUGUGGCACUGAGUAAAUAUCCAUUGUUAAACAGCUCUUUCAUUGAAGAAACAAAUGAAGUUACUCUCAAAGGAUUCCAUAACAUCGGAGUAGCUAUGGCUACAGAACAGGGAUUAGUGGUGCCAAGCAUCAAGAAAGUCCAGUCACUUUCCAUAUUGGAGAUCACAAAGGAAUUGUCAAGAUUACAUGAGAUGGCACUGCAAAACAGACUAAGCACCAACGAUAUCACUGGUGGAACCAUAACACUGAGCAACAUAGGCACCAUCGGUGGCAAGUUUGGCUCUCCUGUUCUCAACCUGCCUGAAGUUGCGAUCAUUGCGCUCGGCCGCAUUCAGAAGCUCCCUCGCUUUGAUGAUGAAGAAAACGUUUACCCGUCCUCGAUAAUCAAUGUGACCGUUGGAGCCGACCAUAGAGUCGUCGACGGUGCCACAGUUGCAAGGUUUUGCAACGAGUGGAAAAGCCUGGUCGAAAAGCCAGAGCUGCUCCUGCUGCACAUGCGAUGA